AUGUUCGUCGUUCCCUACGGCUUCUGCCCUGGAUCGUUGGUACCAGGGAUCAACCAGCGUCUUUUUUUUAUCGCCCCAUCUUAUCGCGUCUCCCGUUCCAUCACCACCGCCGCCGCGAAGGCCACCAAGAAGAGGAAGGCCGCCGAGGUGGAGGAGGAGGAGAAAGAGGACGAAGGCGAGGAAGCGGACGAGGAAGAGGAGGAAGAGAAGGAGGAGGCGUCUGGUCCCACAACGGACGAACUUAGAGUCAAGGUAGGCAGGUUGGGUUUGAUGGAGGAAGAGUCACUUCGGACGAAUUUAGAGCCAAGGUAGCACAGCAGUGAUUGGUUAGGUUUGGGGGAGUCUGGUCCCACAACGGACGAAGUUUCAGAGUCACGGUAGUGAUUUUGAGUCGGGUUUUGAUGGAUGGAUGUGGCUACAUCCAGCUUCUUCUUAUUUUUUAUUUUUUCCAUUUGUUGUACUGUUUUCGUUAAGUGUUGGGUGUCCGAGCCCGUUGCACGCGACACGUUAGCGCCUGCUGCGAACGCAAGCAACGGCAAACCAUACAAGUCUGAACACUUCAUUCCCGCAUUCUUUAACCACUGAGAUGGGACCCCGCCACUAUCCCCCCUCCCCCCAGACACAUAGACGCGCUGCGUGGGGAUAGCUACAUACUGAAACCCCACGAGGUGAUUUGUAUUGGAGAUUGCCAGACACAUAGACGCGCUGCGUGGGGAUAGCUGCAUACUCAAACCUCACGAGUUGAGUGAUAUUGGAUAGUGCCAAACACAUAAACGCUUUGAGUGAGGAUGGCUGCAUAUUNGUUGGAUAGUGCCGGACACAUUGACGCUUUGAGGGAGGAAAGACACACACUGAAACCUCACAGGUGAUUUGUAUUGGAGAUUGCCAGACACAUAGACGCGCUGCGUGGGGAUAGCUGCAUACUCAAACCUCACGAGUUGAGUGAUAUUGGAUAGUGCCAAACACAUAAACGCUUUGAGUGAGGAUGGCUGCAUAUUGAGACCUAACGGGUUGAGUGACGUCUGCGACUGCCGAACACAUAGACGCAUUGAGUGACGAAAGCUGUAUACGGAAAGCUCACAGGUUGAUCGGUAUUGGAGAUUGCCGGACACAUAGACGCGUUGAGUAAGGAUAGCU